AUCGACCCACUUAACCUAGAGCUCUUUCUUGUCCCGGGCAUCAUGCUGUCUAUCUAGUACUGCUACAUCUUUAUCCGGCAUUCACGGCAAUCCUUGCGUCACUGGUUCUUCAUGAACCUUUUCGAUACCAUCAUGCGGUUUGCGUCAUCGUAUGUAUUGCCGGUGCCGUACUCGUGCUUAAGCCGUCGAUGAUUAAAGUUGCUGCUCGCAGAGCUGGUCUCAGAGCGCAUUACUUGGUGUGCAAUGUAUACUUUGAUCUCAGCACGCUUGUCAUCAGUCUUCUUUCUGUCUUCAGUACCUUUACCUUACCUCAUGGUUGGCAAGUUUAUGCUCUUUUGAUUUUAAUUUCCAUCUGUGGGUUCUUCACUUCAACUUUUAUGAGCCGAGGAUUCCAGUUGGCUCCUGCAGGCCCGGGCGCUAUGAUGCGCAUGAUAUCAAUUGUUCUGGCAUUCAUUGUUGGUGCAGCUUUCUUCCACGAGUAUCAAGACCAAUGGAGUAUCAUCGGUGCCAUUUUAAUUUGCUCAGCUACUGGGAUAUUACUUCUAACAUCAUCAUCAUCAUCUAAUAGUAGCACGCAUCGUAAUAGCAGUAGAGGAAUAUUUGAGCAAAGUAAUAAUGAAGAAGAAGUCUAACAAAGAUGAUACUGUAC